UUGCCACAAACACGCCGCAGUGUUGACGCCCGAACGCGACCGCACGUGCCGAGCAGGGUUGACGUGUGGAUCCAGAGGACACGGUUCCCGAACAUACUAGGGUCAGCGCCGUCACUGAACCCGCCAGAGCUGCCCGCACUCGACUGCUACGGUUUUCUACUCGUCUCUUUGUAUUUUCAAGUCGCUCCUUCGUUUCUUGUUCAGUCACACGUUGUAAUCUACCCUGACACCUGCCGCGUGCACCGCAUCCACAACACAAUCCCGUCUCCCCGGCUCAUUCCAACCCCGGAGAUUCCCGAGCACCCUUCCUUCAGGAAGGCUACGCAAGGUUCCCACAAAUGAGCAAACGCGCCUCAAGGUCCAAGAACCGCGGCUCUGUACCGAACAAGAGCUCUACCGACUCGCUGCGCAAAGACAGCAACAACGGAAAUGCUAACAGCAGCGCGACCAUGAACGGUGUCAUUCUCGAGCACCGCCGUAAGCACGCAAGCAUUGACGGCACUUCGCCCUCCAGCCAGGCUGCGAGCCUCAUGAGCAGCCACUCCUUCACCCUCGACGAUGAAGUUCCACCGCUAGACGCCGACGAGGGGCCUUCGAAAGGCUUUUUUGAGCUGUCGAAGAAAGACCAGAGCAAUUUCUUGCUCCUGGUGCUACUCUAUUUCCUCCAGGGGAUUCCCAUGGGUCUGGCGCACGGCUCAGUGCCCUUCCUGCUAAAGAACGUUGUCUCAUACUCGGCUAUUGGAGUGUUCUCGCUGGCCGCAUACCCCUAUUCAUUGAAGCUCUUAUGGAGUCCGAUUGUGGAUGCGCUUUGGUCACCCAGCGUUGGCCGGAGAAAGAGCUGGAUUUUGCCCAUCCAGACUAUCUCUGGUUUCUCCAUGAUCUGGUUAGGCAAAAACAUCAACAGAUUACUAGCACAAGCCAGCGAGUCAGAUAGCAGUGUGUGGACAUUCACGUGGUGGUGGUUUGCCCUAGUCUUUCUCUGCGCAACACAGGAUAUUGCUGUGGAUGGCUGGGCUCUCACACUUCUUUCCAAAGAGAACCUCGCAUACGCCUCGACCGCCCAGACCGUUGGCCUGACCGCUGGCCAAUUCCUUUCCUACACUGUCUUCCUCGCUUUCAACUCGAAAGAUUUCGCAAACAAAUGGUUCCGAUCCGCCAGCGCGCCUGCCGAAACAGGCAUCCUCGAACUCGAUAGCUACCUCACGUUCUGGGGCUGGGCUUACCUUAUUGUGACUCUCGGUCUUGCGCUCAUGAAGCGCGAGGAUCGCGAUAAGAACACCGACGGCAUUAAGGAGGUCUACAAGACUAUGUGGGGCAUUUUGAAGCUCAAGAACAUCCAAUCUUUCAUCAUCAUCCACUUGAUCGCGAAAAUUGGAUUCCAGGCAAACGAUGCCGUCACGAGCUUGAAGCUCCUCGACAAGGGUCUGAAGCAAGAGGAAUUGUCCCUUGUCAUCCUUGUCGAUUUUCCCGUCGAGGUGUUCUUGGGCUACUACAUCGGUAAAUGGUGUCAGACAUAUCCGCCCAUGCACAUCUGGUGCUGGUCUUUUGUCGGCCGCUUGUUCGCAGCCGGAUUUGCGCAGUUCGUCGUAUCCAUAUUCCCCGCUGGGGGCGCAUCAGGAGGCUUCCUUCUCGUCGUCAUCGCCGAACACGUACUAUCGACAUUCAUGAACACAGUCAUGUUCGUCGCCGUGAGCGCCUUCCACGCAAAGAUCUCUGACCCGGUCAUCGGCGGUACAUACAUGACGCUGCUUGCUACCGUCUCCAACCUCGGUGGCACAUUCCCCCGCUUCUUCGUGCUCAAGGCCGUCGACAUGUUCACCUCUGCGACCUGCUCGCCACCUUCAAUCCCUCCCAAGACCGACCUGCUCAAGGGCCCGCUGGUCACACAGGCUUUCUCGUGCGCUCUUGAGGGCGAGAAGCACCGCUGCAUCAACGGCGGUGGAGUCUGCAAUGUGACAACUGACGGCUACUAUAUUGUAAACAUACUCUGUAUUCUUCUCGGCGUGCUGACGUUCUGGGGCUACAUCAAGCCCGCGGUGAUGCGGAUCCAGGCGCUGCCGCUGCGCGCGUGGAGGCUGUCUCGUUAGAGCAGAGGAUUAAUGGUGUAGGAUAGAUAUAGCGAGCGUAGAACGCGUGGAAUAUGUUCCCAAAUUUUGAAGCUUGACGUAAUGUUUCUUCAGUGUCGCGUGCCUGAUGGCUGUAAAUGUACGCCCGAGGAUGUCCGAGGCAAGACAUCUGACGUUUGAAAACAGCAGUGAUCCAGUCAGCAGAACAAUGAAGCACGAAAGUAAGGCAGU